AUGAGGACCAAGUAUGCUAUAGUCUUCAUCUGUGUAGUGGCCCUGGUCAUUAUUGAAAAGGAGAGCAAUAUCUUAUCAAGGGUCUCUGACAAGCUGAUCCAAAGACAGACCCCGCAGCAGACCCCGCAAACCCCAUUAGGUUACAACAAUGCAACGCAAAACGGCUCCAUGGCCAUGCUCAAACUGCUGCUCUCCAGACUUGGUGACAUGAAACUGAAUUAUUCCAACCCUACCGAGGAGCAGGAUGAAGAAGAGGAUAUAGGCAGCUACAGUGGCAGCCAUAAACACAUAUUACUCUUGGCCACGACUAGAACCGGCUCCUCAUUUGUCGGGGAGUUUUUCAACCAGCAUGGUGAGAACAUGUUCUACCUGUUUGAGCCUUUGUGGCAUGUGGAGCGCAUGCUGACCAUGGCUGCCGGAGGCUCAAACGGGUCGGUGUCGGCAGGGAUCUACAGAGACGUUCUCCAGGGACUCUUCCUGUGUGAUUUUGGUCCUCUUGAGAAGUUCAUCUCUCCGCUGCCUCAGGACCACGUCACCCCAGACCUCUUCCGCAGAGAAUCUAGCUUAUCCCUCUGUGAAGAACCUGUUUGCAGUCCUGUGGUCAAGGAUGUUUUCGAGAGGUACCACUGUAAAACCCGACGUUGUGGACCCCUCAACUUGACCCUUGCUUCUGAAUCCUGCCUCUCUAAAAGACACCAUGCCAUUAAGACGGUUCGUGUGCGACAGCUGGAUACACUACGCCCCUUAGUAGAAGACCCUCGCCUGGAUGUGAGGGUAAUCCAGCUUGUGAGAGAUCCGCGGGCCAUCCUAGCCUCCCGCAUGGUGGCCUUCUCCUCAAAGUACCAGACAUGGAAGGCCUGGGCGCAGGACGGCCAGGUGCCUGAAGAUGACGAGGAGGUGAAGAGGCUAAAAGGAAACUGUGACCAAAUCAGGGUGUCGGCAGAGGUGGGGCUGAGCCAGCCUGCCUGGUUGAGGGGGCGCUACAUGCUAGUGCGAUAUGAGGACAUAGCCCACUACCCCAUGCAGAGGGCAGAGGAGAUGUACCGGUUCGCAAGGAUACCUUUCAGCCCUCAAGCCAGGGAGUGGAUUCUGAGGAACACCCAGACCACGCAGGAGGCUAGUGGGGUUUACUCCACCCAAAAAAACUCCUCAGAGCAGGCACUGAAGUGGAGGUUUAGCAUACCCUUCAAACUGGCUCAGGUAGUGCAGAAGGUGUGUGGACCCACCAUGGAGCUGUUUGGGUAUAAGUUUGUGGAUGAUGAAGAGACGCUACUCAAUAAAUCCAUCAGCUUACUGGAGGAGAGGUUGUUUCACUACUCAUAUUAUCAGUGA